CAAUCCAGAUUUUCCAAAAACCAGAAUGCCAGAAUUGAGGUUAUCUUACACAACCAAAAUAAUGCAUGGGAUGCUGUAGCUAAGUGAUAAGUAGGGUUUUAAAUUUGUUAAAUUUUACUCUCUCUAAAUAAGUACGCUUGUGUUUUAAAAAUUUUUAAUCAUGAAGUGUUUGGUUACAUUUUUUGUAUCAUUACUUUUAAAUUCUACCAUUUACUUUAUGUCCAACAAAUUUGUUGUGGAAUCUUAUUAGUUUGCUAUUGCGUGAAAAGCAAUGUUAAAAAUCUAAUUAUUUAAAGCACUGUUUUGGCUUGAUUUUUUCAAGGUUCUCUCUAUUAACACUUAAACUAUGGAUAGUCAACAGAGUAAUUUAUUUGAUGAACUAGAUAAAAUAAGCUCCGAGUUUAAACUAGAAUCCAUGGAUGAAGAAGGAGUUCGGACACAUACUUCAUCUGAACAGAUUAAAGUUGAAAUUGUUAUCAAAAGUCUAUUCAACUUUUUUCUAAAGAAGGCUGAAAUCGAUCCCGAAGCUCCAGUUCUGCACCGAGAACUGCAUCUCAGUUAUUUAAAGCAAUCAUUAUGCUAUCUUCCAUCCCAUUUUGCAUACAUGGAUGCCAGUCGGACCUGGCUCUGCUAUUGGAUUACGCAUUCAAUGGAACUAUUGGAUUUUAAGUUGCCAGCUGAUGAUAAAUCACACAUCGCUCGGUUUCUAGCCAAAUGCCAGGGCCCAGAUGGAGGGUUUGGAGGAGGUCCCGGACAAUUUGGGCAUUUAGCUCCAACGUAUGCGGCCGUCAACACUCUUUGCACAUUGGGUACGGAAGAGGCUUACAAAGCUAUAGACAGAAAGAAACUACUUGAGUUCUUGUGGUCAGUGCGUCAACCGAAUGGGUCGUUCGGGAUGCACGUGGGAGGAGAGAUCGAUGUGAGAGGUGUCUACUGCGCAGUCUCAGUGGCGCGACUCACCAACAUCUACUCGGAUGCCUUGUUCGACAACUCGGCCGAGUGGAUAAUCAGUUGUCAGACGUAUGAAGGCGGUUUUUCUGGAUCUCCUGGCCACGAGGCGCAUGGCGGUUAUGCGUUUUGUGCAUUAGCAGCACUCUGCUUGCUCUAUAAAGAGCAUCUCUGUGAUAUCAAAUCUCUUCUUAGGUGGACUGUCAACAGACAGAUGCGACUGGAGGGGGGCUUCCAGGGCAGAACCAAUAAGCUAGUGGAUGGGUGUUACUCGUUCUGGCAAGCCGGAGCAAUGCCCCUCAUCCAAGGCAUUCUUGCCAAAAAUGGGACUGACGAACCUGUGAUGAAUGAAGUAGAUAAUUGGUUGUUCAAUUCUAGAGCUCUACAAGAAUAUAUUCUGAUUUACUGUCAAACUCCCAACGGGGGUCUCAUCGAUAAACCUGGAAAGUCAAGAGAUUUGUAUCAUACCUGCUACACUCUGAGUGGUCUUUCGAUAGCUCAGCACCAGCCUUCAAACACUCCCACUAUUGUUGGGACGCCCAGAAAUUUAUUGAAAACUGUGCACCCGACAUUCAACAUUGAAUCAGAGAAAUUGCAGAGUGCAUCAUUGUACUUCAGUCAACUUCCAUCCGACUUCCUCUGACCAACGUCUCGGUAGCCACAUUUCGCAAUCCUGAUUCGUCGUCUGCUUCAUUAACAAAUUAAAUCUAUUUUUUCAAUAAUUAUCCAUUCAAACCUUCUUCUAUACAUGAAUUAGGGACUAGAAAUUUUUAUAUUCAACUUGAUGAGGACCUUGAAAAUGUUACAAGUGCUGUGCUAUUACGGGCCUAAUGAUUGAUUACAGUUAUGUAUUAGCUGAUUGAUUUCAGGGAAUAAGUUAAGAUUUCAUAAUAUAUACAUUUUCUUCCUCAAACCAUUUAUACCUUUUUUGUCAUCUCUCUUGUUAACUUGUCACCUGAAUAUUCAUUAUAUUAAACUUAUUUACUAUUCACUUAUUAAUUGUAAUUAAGCUUGAUUCACAUUUACCGACCCAAGGCAGAUAACUAAAGUAAGCCGCGCUGGAAAUUAUUAUGCAAUGCAACUUCAUAAAUUAUAUAAAUCUGGGAGCAGUUCAUCGCGCUGACACCUACAACAAUGUCAUGCGCAUGCCAAUGAAUUACAUUUAACCAUAAUACACUGAGGCUCGGCUGCACAAAAACCUGUUUCAUUUCAAACCUGUUAAAUUUUGGUUUCACGAGAACUAAUCAGAAAAGCCUUCUUUCCAAAAAAGCCUUCUCUGAUUGGCUCUCGUGACAUUAAAUCAUGUUUAAAAUUUGAUAGGCUUUAUGCAACCGGGCUUAAUAUUAUAUCAAUUGAGUGUCGUUAGAUGUGAGUGUGACUGCACUAAAAGUUCAGACACAAAGCAUUUCAUGCUUUAAAUUGAAACAAUAACAUUUUCUAUCGAUCAAUAAAUACUGGUACGGUACUGCCUUAGUCUAAAUUAUUUUUAGAUGUGUAUUAAUUUAGCUUGACUAGUCUGUUAUAUGGUUGUAUUAGAAACAUAAGGUUAAAUGAGUUAUCCCCUCUCAUUCAUCUAUUGAAAACUGUAUUUCCCCAAUGUUUUUCAAAUUGUCUGAUGAUAGAGUUAUGUAUUUUUUUCUAUUAAAAUUAUGAUCACUUAUAUAUUUAUA